CGAUCGCGUGAUUGGUGACUCACGAGCGUGGUUUCAAAAAGCGUCUCACGUAUCGUGAAGGUGUUUACACGUUAACAUGAUUUUAGUUCAGUAAGAUGGAGUCGUUAGUGGCGAAGCAUGUUCUAUUUUGUCUGGUGUGUUGGCUCAACAAUUGAAACAACGAUUAACAAAAAGUGAUAGAUCUAAAUUAAACAGUAGAAAGAAAAUGAGAUGGUGGGUAAGGCAAUGGAUUCAAAAACGUAAAAGUAAUGGCGGUUCUAUGUUUAUUUCACGCGAGUUACGAAAUGAAAAUCCGGAAGAUUUCAAAAACAUUUUAAGAAUGUCAGAUACACACUUUGACUAUUUGUUGAAUAAAAUAAAAUUCAAGAUUCAAAAAAUGGACACAACAAUGAGGGAAGCUAUUCCGACAGAUAUUAAACUCAAAUUAACACUUCGCUACUUAACAACGGGUGAUUUAUUUAAAAGCCUGGAAUAUGUUUUUAGAGUUGCUAAAUGUACCAUCAGUUUAUUUCUACCUGAAGUUUGUUCUGAAAUAUAAACAGCUCUUGCAGAAUUUAUUGAAGUAAGUCAAAACAAUUUAAAAUAUACAUCUAUAUUUUUAAAUUUAGUAUUUUAAACAUUUAACAUAAAUAGGUACUUAAAUUGACAAAUUAACAAAUUAACAAAAAUAAAAUAAAUUUUAACUCAUAUUGAAAAAAAAAAAAAAAAUAACGAAUCCUUUCUUUUAGUUACUAAUUAAUAUAAAUAGGAAUAUUUAAAACAAUUUAUAGUUGUGUAUUUGAUAAGUUUGUAAGCAUAUAAUCUUCGGUUUCUGAUAACAGUUCAUCAAAUAUAUCUGGAGAUCCAAAAUCACUUGUAUCUGUACUAGUUUGAAGGCUAGAAGAUCUUUGUAGUUCAAAUUUUGAGCUUUUUCAGUUAUACCAUCUAAUUGUUAACUGCAGCUAAUACACUGUCAGUCUCACUAGAACUCGACUUAAAAGUCUCAAAUUUUCUUUUCUUCAAAUUCCAAUCUCUUUUUUGUGGACUUUUAAACAAUUUUCUUUUAAUAGUUGUAUUAUUAGUAUUAUUUACAUUAGUACUUAUAUCAGGUUCUGUUAAAUUUGAUUCUAGUUCAUUGAUACUGGCUUCUACUUGAAAACUAUAAUUUAAGUUAAACAUAGCUUGAUUUUCUAUGUCAGUUUUUUCUAUAUCUUUACUUUUGUUUUCAUUUGAUAUCACCUGAAAAUUGAAUAUUUUAAAAUUUUAGUUUUUUAGGUGCCAAAAACAAAAAAUGAAUGAAAUGAAAUAGAAAAAGGUUUUCAAGAGAUGGAAUUUUCCGAGAUGCAUCGGAGCAAUGGACGGGAAACACAUCCUCAUUAAAGCACCACCUAAAAGUGGAUCAAAGUUUUACAACUAUAAACACCAGUAGAGUAUUAUAUUAUUAGCAUUAAUUGACUAAAAUUACUAUUUCACGUACAUUGACGUUGGUGCAAAUGGUAAGGCAUCAGAUGGUGGUGUAUUUCAAGAAAGCUCUUUUUUUGAAGUAUUAGAAAACAAUACUCUAAAUACCUCAGACGAUGUUGUUUUUAUAGCUGAUGAUGCUUUUCCGCUCAAGACGUAUUUGAUGAAGCCGUACAACAGAAGAAAUUUAACAAGAGAACAAGCAAUUUUGAACUAUAGAUUAUACAGGGCUAGAAGAAUAUUAGAAAAUGUUUUUGGUAUACUUGUGAGUAAAUUUAGAAUUUUUGAAAGACCAAUCCCAUUGAUACCUCAUAAAGUCGAUAAAAUUGUUUUCGCUUGUUGUGCAAUACAUAAUUGGUUACGAAAAACAAGUCAAGCCUAUUUAUCACGGGGUCUUAUUGAUCACGAAGAUUAUAACUAUGAAAUCACAAAUGGAUCGUGGAGACAAAAUCAAAGUUUUAGUCAAAAUGUUAUAAAAAGAUAUACAUAA